GUAAACUUCAAUAAAUAUUAAUUGAUAAAAUAAAUUUCUUGAAUUACAGAAUUACUACUGAUUUAGAAUCAUAUGAAAUUAUUUGGAAUAAAAAUGAUUAUAACUAAAAUAUUAAUUUAUAGUGUAUGGAAUUAUAUGGCAGAUGUUCAUCAUCACCUAAUUCAAUGGACCUCCACUCCAUAGUUAACAGUACCCAAAUUAUAAAUUAGUAGUCUUUUCAUUAUUUAUCGUUGACUCUUCAAUGGACCUCCCUCCCAUAAAUUAGAAGAGUCUCUCAUUAUUUUCCGUUGACUCUUCUUCUAUUCAAAUAUUCCGCUCGAUAAUAAAUGACAAACUAUGGCGCGAUUCCAACGUCGUCUCAUGCAUCACCUUCACCACCGGUGGUCGAUGUCGAGUCUUUAUCGAGCGACAACCAACAUACGAAACCCGCGCGCGCCAUGCCUCGUCGUCCUUUGGGAGUGAUGUUGGACGUCCACGCCAUAGGGCUUCCUCGCAGCGUCUCCGAUGCUUCCUCAAGAAUCAAAACGAACUCCAAUUACUUCCGGAUGAACUACAGUAUCUUCCUUUCCAUCAUCUACUUGAUAGUCAUCUACAGUGGUCUUAUCAAGCAUCCUGUCUCGCUCAUCGCCUUCACCGUGUUGGUUUCCAUCUAUAUCUUCUUCUUUAACCUCCAGUACCACGAGCCAGCCGAGUUGUUCCAUUAUCAUAUCAACGGUUGGACGUUUCUGAUUGUUAAGAUUUGCUUAAUGUUGUUAGCUGUCCUUCUCCUCUUAUUGACCAAGGAGACGUACAGCUUCCGUUGGCCGUUGUUGAUCGGAUGUGUUGUGAUCUUUAUUCAUACGGUGGUUAGGAAGACGGAAGAUCUUUUCCUGGAUGAAGAGGCUGUGGCGACGACUGAGACUUAUUGGAAUCGGGGUCUCAUACUCGCUCUGUUUCUUCAGAUUUGUUUAGGGUGAGGGAUGUUACGACUUUAGAUGUUUGAAUUGUUACCAUUUUGUCAAAACAAUUAUCAGUGUGAUUGAUAAAAUGUAUAAAUUAUUAUAUAAACUUUAAGUACGUUCGAACGUCU